AGUACACUAAACCAGCAUACAACCCUGAAAACUCAUCAAAUACCCAACUGGGUUUCCCGCUGAUACCCAAAGUCUGCAAAGUCUGCUCCUCCAGCAAGUUAGUCACGAUCUAACUUAUACGAGGUUGCCUCUCGACAUAGUUUCUUCGAACUUCGACUCACGAAUUGACGAUUCUAUAUUCUAAUCGAGUCUGCACUCCCUCGCUCCUACCAGGAAUCGCUUUUUACCACGACUUCAUUAUGUCCAACAGGAAGCUCAUGUCGCUUGAGGCGGCGCUUGAGGAGGAGCGGAAGGAGGUCGAAAACCUCAUCGCGAUGCAGCCUCGGAGGCCUGCGUCUGUCGACCACCGAUCCCCUUCACCUUUUACGAGCCCUCGAUCACCCGUGCGAAGCAUGCUGGACAUUGGCGAUAGGUUUACAAAUGCGCCUCGGAGCCCGCAGCCGCAAGCCCCAGUUCGUAGCAUGUUGGAUAUCGACACUCGUCCGCUCCCGCAAUUACGAAGCAUGCUAGACAUAACCAGCCCCUCUACAAACGUACCGACAAGUACGCACACAUCCCCGACGCUAUCUUAUAAGGCUCUAGCAUCGGAUAAUUCAAGCCGUAAUAGAAGCAUGUCUGAUGCUGCCUCGAAUCCUGUCUUGGAUUUGAAUCCCAGGUCACCACCUCCUAUGAGCCUAUCAAACACGAGAAACAAUGACCCGACGUCUGCUUACAAAUUUCACGAUAUCCUACCAACUAAUGUUGGACAAGCUUUACCAGUAAAGCGUGGUUCGGCUAGUACUAUGCGACCUAAUUCCUCCAUAGGCGAAGCACUUCGUGGAGCCGACUUGUCUAACUUAGUACUCCCCGGCGAUCACAAUCGCUUCCCUAGAAAAAACAAUAAGUCUAAAUCGCCUAACAAUCGUUUCAAUCUGCGGUCCAAUUCACCAUUUGGAAAUCCAUCGGGGCGCAAUCAACAACAGGAGGUCAUCACGCUAAACAAUGGACAAGUGAUGGAUAUGAAUAAUGCUUACAGGAAGCUCUCAGACGCUAAUUUGCUCUACGGUGGUUCGACCUUAGCCUCAUUAGCUCGCAAAAGACAAGAGAGCGAGGGGCAUGGAAGAAUAGAGAAAGAUAAUCUAAGUCCAUAUGGAGAACUACUACCUGACGAGAGUGACGACGAUGUUGCAAACUCUUCUGAUGAGGAAUUGCAUAGGGGUAGAAAACUAACCACACGAGCCGAGUCACGAGACCAGUCAUCUCCUGAUGACGGAACUACAGCAGCAAAAAGUCUACUUGCUGCGAUUGAAGAUGAACGAAAACAUGUCAAUGCCACUCAGCCACAGUAUAGAUCACUUUUCGAUGAACCCGAAAUUACAGUCACGGGACCCACUGGCGAGAAGGGGAGACAAAGCAAGAGCGUGGUUCAACCAUCGACAAGCUUUGACCAAGACCCUAUGUCUGGAACCCAGACCCCCAUUGAUCCAGAAUUGGAUGCCGAUGUCGAUGCUAUUAGAGCUGCGCAAAGGUUGCAAUUAUCAUUAACACCGAUUCUUUCUACGCCCGAAGUCCAUCGCACUCUACGGAUUCUCUAUCGCGGUGAAUUUAACAAAAUACAACGAGAAGCAGAAGAAGAGCACCGUCGUCUCCGUAAAUAUUUAGUAGCGACAGACUUGAGUGACGAAUCAACACAUGCCCUAGAAUGGGCUAUUGGGACAGUGCUUCGCGACGGCGAUACGCUAAUAGCGAUGUACUGUAUGGAUGAAGAAGCGAGUGGAUCAGUCGAUGCGGCUAAUAUGGUACCUGACGAACCUAAGGCGAUGAAGGAGCAGGCAAUGGCUAUUAGUGCCAUCUCUAAGAGCAUGUCAACCAGGCCACAGAAUCGUACAGCCAGUCCCGGUCCGUUUAAGAUGCAAGGGUCUUCGAUGUCGCCACACAUACGAGCUAUCGACGUUAGUAGCAGUAACAACCCGUCUCCGGCGCCUAGUGCUCGGGGCAAGAGUAGGUUGCAGGAAGAAAGGGACCGAGCUGUGCUGGACAUUACCGAACGAGUUUCGAAGCUUCUCCGAAAGACGCAAUUACAAGUCCGAGUGAUCGUGGAAGUGAUUCAUUGCAAAAAUCCCAAACAUUUAAUAACGGAGGUGAUCGAUAUCUUGAAUCCGACGUUGGUCAUUUUGGGCAGCCGUGGCAGAAGCGCUUUAAAGGGCACACUUCUAGGGUCUUUCUCGAACUAUUUAGUGACUAAGAGCUCCGUCCCAGUCAUGGUCGCACGCAAACGAUUGCGGAAAAAGAGCAAAUAUCAACCACCGCCGAUGAAGCAAGUCAAUAACCUGGCCAAUCCAUCGGCACGAAGUCUUGAAACCGCAAGGGUUGACUAGCGAGGAACCCUUCGGCAACGGUAAUCGUGUGGACGCGUAUCUUGUAGGCGAUAGGAAUGAUGCCCUGUCAUCCUAAAAGCGGAGUAACAACAAUGCCAAACGCGUCCAUGAGCUUGCAUUGACUGUCCAGAACCA